CUCCUCGAGUCUUCACUCCUCAAUUCGGUCCCCCUCGCGCCGCACCUGACACCACCUCCUCGACCUCGUCGCUGACGCCGCGAUGCCGGAGGACGUCGAGAUGAACGACACCCCCGCACCAGCGCCUGCGCCCGCCGCUACUGCGGUCGCCGACGCGCCCGCGUCCGCGCCUGCCCCCUCCACUUUGCAGCAUCUGAAGGAGAUCGCGUUGGUGGUCGAGGCAGGGUCGCUGACCAAGGAGGUACGCCGGAUCUCCCGCGCCGUCCGCCUCACCGUCGCCCUCCGCCGCCGCCUCGCCGCCCGCGACGUCGCGGCCUUCCUUGCCUUUGCGCUAGCCCCUUCCUCCGAAGCCUUCACCCGCCUCUCCCCCCUCCUGCCCAAGGAAGAUGGGAGUGAAAUGGAUGUUGAUGCAGCAGCUCUGGCGGCUCAAGUUUCAAUCAAGCAUGGUCUCCCAGAGAUUGAAAUAUACUGCUACCUGCUUGUGUUGAUUUUCCUUAUUGAUCAUAAGAAAUAUGAUGAGGCUAAAGCAUGUGCGAAUGCAAGCAUUGCCCGUCUGAAGAAUAUCAACAGGAGAACGGUUGAUGUUUUAGCUUCUAGGCUGUACUCGUAUUACUCAUAUGCCCAUGAACUCACCAACAGUCUUGCCGAAAUUCGUGGAACUCUCCUGGGGUUGCACAGGAUGGCAACUUUACACCGUGAUGAACUUGGCCAGGAAACGCUUCUUAACCUGCUUCUUCGCAAUUAUCUGCACUACAACUUGUACGACCAGGCAGAAAAACUUAGGUCAAAGGCACCACGUUUUGAAGCACAUUCCAAUCAGCAGUUCUGCCGGUAUCUGUUCUACUUGGGCAAAAUUAGAACAAUUCAGCUGGAGUACACUGAUGCUAAAGAAAGCCUAUUGCAAGCUGCAAGGAAGGCACCCACUGCAGCUCGUGGAUUUCGCAUUCAGUGCAACAAAUGGGCUAUAAUAGUGAGGCUACUUUUAGGAGAGAUACCUGAGAGAACUGUUUUCAUGCAGAAAGGAAUGAAGGCUGCUUUGACACCAUACUUCGAACUUACAAAUGCUGUUCGAGUUGGGGACCUGGAAUUGUUCAGAGCUGUUGCAGAGAAAUUUGCGAGUACUUUCAGUGCAGACAGGACAUCCAAUUUGAUUGUGAGGCUGCGCCACAAUGUCAUACGGACUGGACUGCGCAACAUUAGCAUUUCAUACUCGCGGAUCUCCCUUGUUGACAUUGCCAAGAAGUUGAGGUUAGAUUCGGAGAACCCUGUUGCUGAUGCUGAGAGCAUUGUUGCCAAGGCCAUAAGAGAUGGGGCAGUUGAUGCCAUCAUUGAUCAUGCCAAUGGUUGGGUGGUGUCGAAGGAGACUGGUGACGUCUACUCAACAAAUGAGCCACAGGCUGCAUUCAAUUCCAGGAUUGCAUUUUGCCUGAACAUGCACAACGAAGCAGUCAAGGCUCUGAGGUUCCCCCCGAAUUCUCACAAGGAAAAAGAGAGUGCUGAGAAGAGGCGAGAGAGACUCCAGCAGGAGGAAGAGCUUGCGAAACAUAUGGCCGAGGAGGAUGAUGAUGACUUCUAGAUCCGCACGGCAACCCCUGUUGAUGCCUUCAGCUGCUGCCUGUUCCAUAUCGAAGAAACCAUGACUCCAGUCUAUUCGGGGAUAAUUUGAAUCAUGCAACUGUUAAAAUUAUACUCCGUGUGUUUUAUUGUGUUCCUAACAAUUAUUUUUCACCUCACUACAAAUUCUGAGAAAGCACCUUAUUUAUUUUCCUGAGAUACUGUAGUCGAGGAAGCGAGAGCUGCAACAGAAGGCUGUAUUUUGCACUUCAUCCCAUGUUUGCUUUCCAGGAAAUUCGUUCGAGUACAAGUUCAGUUUGCUUACUCGGUUA